AUACAUCUUGAUGUCUGCCACACGCUGCCACUGGAAGUUGAACGGCUUCAUACCCCAGUCUGACUCAAACAUGUUACAUUUAUUCCCCAUGGAUCUUCCGAAAUCUCCACGUCUUCUUCCCCCUCUACGUAGACAAAAUGGUCGCUCCAGCUCCCCUCGUCAAUCAAGUACGAAAAGGGCCUCCCCUGUUGCAGUAGCAGAUGGUAGCACCCGUGCCACGCUCGCCGCGGGUCGCUCCAGGCGGGAAGACCUCCGUCCCGGUUCUGAGACGGAAGGUGGGAGACAAUGCACCGCUGGGUCGUGUGGGUGUGAGGCGGUUCAUUUACACUGCUGGCUGCGACACGAGAGCUGGGCAGCUGAAAAGUCUCUCCCUGUCGGACGGAAAGAUACCGACGUGGAUUUCCACUUUGGAUUGGAGCCCGGCCGGGAGGGCUGGCCGGGCGAGAGGGAAGGACAGGCCGGUGGGAAGCGGCACGAGUCCCGCUUUCCCAAGAUGGGAAGCUCCGAAGGUGAGUGAGUAGGCGCGGCUUCUCGUCCCAACUAUUGCGCGCCAUAUGGUGAAGUAGUGGCUAAGUUGAUAUACGUGUUAAAUCAUCACACGAUCACCGGUAGAGCCUCGAGUCGUCCAUGACUGUUUAUCGAAGUGUUCUUUAGUAUACGUAGAAGGUCGUUCCUACACCUGUUCCUGUGUCCCUCUAUGUCACGCUAUGACACGUCACACGACCGACGCGCAGCUGUAUUUACGUUCGAUAUGAAAGAAUGGGUCUGGGUCGAUGACCUCGUGCACAACCCCACUGUAGCAGCAGAAGUCCUAUCAAACUUCGACCAAACAGCCAAUAUCUCGUCCUUGAAUCGGAAGUUGCCCGUGCAUUUAGCCCCUCUCUCUGAAUAUCGAUCACACCAGAGAUAAGAGACGUUUCGCUGGUAUUGUCCUUUAUAGGAUAGUCGUCAGGACAGGUGAAAGGAUGUACAAUGAGUAUUUUAUUCCUUUUCUGUGUAGCUUAGGCAAUAUGUUUCCACAAUAAGCGAGACAUGCAUUUCUGUCCCUUUUCUAUUUGCUAUAAAUUCUGUUCAUGUUGUAGCUUCAGUCUGCGUUGCGUGUGUUGAUGGCAUUGUAUUGGGUGAACUGGGCUGUCCUAUUUCGGGUUUUCGAUAAGAAUAAGCUACCACUAGA